AUGUCCUCCACACAGACGACGAGUGUGUUCUUCACGGAUGUUCCGCUUUUUGUGGAGGAGCGAAGUUUGCGUAAGCACUUUGAAAGUGUGGGCCACAUAACGGACUUCCGGUUGCUUGGUCCGCCCGUGGGGAAAGAUUUUCGCUACGGCUUUGCCGAGUACUUGGAUUCUACUAGUGCAGAGGAAGCCAUUGCUCGCCUCAACGGGACAUCCUUUGGUGGUCGACCAAUGAAAGUUAUGUCCGCAGCGGCCACGCGGGGCCGCAAGAGGCAACGUCAACAGAACGCUUCCCAUCAACAGCAACCAGCCCCGCGCGGGGGGAUGACAUUUCCUCGUGGAUACACCGAUCCGGUUCUCGGUCGCGAUGAUACUAGCAUUUUUGAGUGCUUGCAGGGAAUGCAACAGUCAGAUGCCUAUGAGGCCGUGGAGCAGUUACGGGUUCUGGUGUUGGAGCGUAAGAAUGAGGCUCGCAAGUUGCUGGAAAAUAAUCCUGCGUUGCGACUGGCUGUUGUUAUGAUUUUACAGCAUGCCGGUCGGCUUCCUUUCGGACCGUUGCCACCAGAGGCCAUUCAGCACGGAGGGAUUAGAGUGGAUGCACCGGUUCCAGCGGCUCCAGCCGAGGGGGAGGGCGAGAAGGUAGAGCCACCGCGGGAGCAGAAUGAUGAGAUAAUAGAAAUCCUAUCGAAGCUGAGCGAGGAAGAAGUAGAGCGCAUCGUGAGCAUGACGGACGAGGAUCUCAAUCGUAUUCCCGACGUUUCGCAACGUCAACAAAUAGGUGUACUGAGAGAACGGUUGCUGGAGCUUGCGGCAGACCUUGAGUAG